UCAAGUUCGAGAAAUCCAGGCGCUGAAAGCCACGGGGGCAGCAAUUCCAUUGAACAAUCCAUGUCUACGGGUCUGCCUGGCGCUGGCAACGGAGAUGAUCUAGACGUAGUGCUGCAAGAACUUCAAAUUGAUAAUUCGGUGUGUGCGGACAAAUCCUGUAAGAAGAAUGUAAUCCUGCUAGGCCAAGUGUGCAAAUUGUGCAAGCUCAAGUUCUGCCUAACGCACGGUCUGCCAGAAGCACACGGGUGUGGAGCUGAUGCAAAAAAGGCUGCCAGGAAGGAGUGGUUGAAAACGGACGGGAACACAAAGCCCCAAGGCUCAGCCCAAGGCAGCUCAAAGGAUUGGCACCGCCCAUACCUGGCCAAGAAGUUGAAGGACCAAGUCGACCAAAAAUCGUUCGGACGACGGAAGGGCGCUCCAGAAGGCAAGCCCAAGAAAUGAGAAAAGUCUUUGCCUUUUACUCCAGCUGUUGACCGAGUCGCACGAUUAUCGUGUUGCAAAGACCUUCUUGAUGUCAUGUCGGAAAAGUCUGGCGCCAAAACCAACGAGUUUGCUUGGACGAAGCAAGAGUCUCAAAAUGCGGCCAUGAAAGCAGAGGCAGCAGCACCAGGACUCGCAAAGCCAGCGGCGCCUGGACUGACGUCGGUUUGGAGUGGAUGCUGUCCUCGACAAAGGGGCGGUGGCUGGAGCACAGCCUACUUGGAGUUGCAAAAGUCUCUCAUUCAGCAAGGAAAGCAAUCUUAAUGGAGGAGCUACCGUUUACAUACUGUGGUCAGAACUGGAUAAGCUCGAUCCCAUUGUUCGGGUCUGUAAUGCAACCCAACAGAUAAGAGGCUCUCUCUUUCGGAGGAGUAUAUUUAACGGGAUUAAUAUUGGCCUUUUAGUCUGGCCACACUCUGAACCAGACUGCAACAACACCGUACAGCGCGGACCAAUCAUUCUUGGAACGGCUUUGAACAAUCAACGGUAUAGAAAUAGGCGCCACAGGAUUGGAUCGUACGGUUUGCAUGUAACGAACGGCUGUAGAGCUGCUUUCGGCAGCAAGUCGAUUCGGUCAGGCACGACAAAGUUCAAUAGGCUUAUAGGUUUCGGGGUAGCGAGCUGGAGCCUGGAGGCUGCACACUACAAAUACAUGCAUGCGCUCAUCCAUUGAUCAUGUUCGAAAGCUUCGAGUUGCUGUUUGCAGGUCCCCAGUGCGCGAGCUUUAAAACGACGGUUGUAAUGACAUGUAAGUGGUCGACUCAUCCUGGCACUGAUCCAACUAUAGUGCUACUCAGAGCCUUCACUUGGGCGCACCGGUAUUCAUGAAGCA